AUGGAGUUUAUCGGUAGUGAUAUCGACCAAAGCUAUAAUUAUGUGAUUCGACACGGAUUCCAUUUGAACGAAUGGUUUUAUAAUUGUACCGGAAUCGAUGGAUUCGCAUUGGGAGUUCCUCGGCCAUGGCUUGGUUCUUAUUUUCUGACAGUCGGAGUUGUUCUGAUGAGAAACUUUUUAAGAUUUGCCUUUUUUCGGAGUUACGGUUUACCUGACGGAUGCUGGAUGGGUUCGUGUGCCACAUGUAUUCUCUUAGGUAUCAACCGAUGUUGCGAUGUGAACCAAAAUCUGAAAAUUCGAAAAAUCUUCCUUGGAUGGAAAAUCUAUCCGACGCUUCUAGUCCCUGUUCUUUAUACUCUUUACGCCAUAUUUUUCACAAAAACCGCCUCUUUCAAUUCGAACCUAAUGAGUUGGUUUUUCAAUCCGUUACUUCCAAAUGGGAGACUGGCUACCGACUACGUCAAUCUUCAACAUGCUAUAAACAAUUGUAUCGUUUCGGGAGCAACCACUUUGAUCUACACCUACCUCUGUGUGAUCUUAUUUGCAAAGAGCAGGUUUAUCAAGUCAGAAUCAAUGACCAAAACUCAGAGACAGGUAUUCUUCCAAUCCGUCCUGAUCUGCUCCUUUAACGCUGUCGCUGCCUACAUUUACGUCUACAUGCAAUACUUCACUCCAGCCCCAAUUACCAUUAUAAUCGGACAAAUCGCUUGGCAAUGGUCGCAUGGCUCUGUGUGCCUAAUCUAUAUCACUAUGAACCGAUCCGUCCGUCGGGGAGUUCUUGAUCUCUUCUUACCAAAAUCUUUCCGGAAUAAGCACAAAAUUGGGACUUAUCAGGAAAAGAUUCAUCGGUUAUCGUUUAGUGUUGGCACUAAGGGAACGACCAAGGGACCAACAAGCUCAGGAACAGCGGUUUUCUAA